AUGGCCCGCCUCACUCAGCUCUCAGUGAGGCGCCUGCCUGCCCGCCUCAACCCAGCGUGAGCCGACUGCCCGCCUCUAAUCUCUGGCAGCCGGUCACCUCAGAUGCUGAGCAGGCUCACAGAUCCCAGGCGCCAGGACAAAUUUCCUGCUCGCCAUUGCGACCUGGCGCAUGGGAUUUGUCAAGCCCUGGUUUAAAGUCCUUGCACUCAGGCCAGGUGCUUAAAGCAAGCUGUGAUUUUUCCAAAAAGUAAAAAAAAGGGUAGCGCUCACAGACAUUUCUUUAAAAUAACAAAUUUCUCCUUUAUUUAAUCUUGGAAAGGUUCACAAAGCUGUGUGAUGAGUCAUAUUGGUCCUGGGACUUUCCUCAGAACCCAAAAAGAUGUUCAGGCUAAGAAUGCCAUUUACAUAGUAAAGCAUGAUUAAGAACCACUUGCUCCAAAGUAAAUUGUGGUGUGCUCUGUAUAUGUAUGUAUGUAUGUAUGUAUGUAUGUGUGUGUGUGUGUGUGUGUGUGUGUGUAUGUAUACACUGCCCUAACAUAUGCAAUUUUUGUAUGGCCCCAUAUCCUCUUUCUUCUUUUUGUAUUGUUUUUCAAGCAUACCCUGUUGUUAUUAUUACAUAAUACCAUCCAAUGUAAAAAAUUAAGAACACACUAUAGAGCUUUAGGGUGACAGAACAUGUUUUCUGUAAUGCCCCAAAUGCACCUAUUCCUGGCUGCACCUUACAUAACUUGAUCCUCAGAGUAGUGUAGUUAUAAGGGUUUUUUCAGAUUUGGAACAGUUUGUACAGUGUACUUUAUAGAAGCAGGUGGAUCCCAGAAAUCAAGACAGGGAGUUGUAACAUAUACAUGUUGUACAAGCUGAAUUGUACUUGGCAGAAUUUCAGAGGUCAAUAUAAAAUGAAUUACCUGCCUACUUCUAUUACCUAAUCUCUGUAAUCUACUCACCACAAUACCGCAAUAAACAAGUCUAGUACAAAAAUCUAAAUCCUAAGAGUUUUGUGCUCUGACUUUUUUUUUUAUUUUUAUUUUUUUUUAAAUUUAUUAAAGUAUCUAUCAUGUAAUGUCUGAAAGCAAGGGGUGUGUGAUGUGGAAUUUAUAUCAACUAACACCCAGGGCUAGCAGUUUCUCUAUUCUUUCAGCCCUGCCGCAGACAAGUAUUGGUGCAGUGGUAGGACUUUCCACUGGGGAGGGCCACAGAGGACUGCCAGGCAUGGGGAGGUGCGAGGACCAGCAGCUGCUCUGAGCUUAUGGCAGGCGGGAUACAGCAUGACCUUGUAUGCCGGUGGCCUGGCACUCUGUGCACUGAGUAAAGGAAAGUCAGAGGCAAUCUUCAGACAGACUGCCAGAUUAUGGCAGUGUGAGUUAGUGUGUUUGAGUAUGGAGUAUGUGUUUAUGGGUAUGCAUGUUAGCAUGUGUCUCAGAAUUACAGUGUGCGGGUUAGUGAUUGUGUAUUGUGUGACAAAAAGUAUAUUGUGUGUGUGUGUGUGUGUGUGUUGGUUAGUGAGGACAAUGUUUGACUAAACAAAUUCAACAAUUUUUAUACUGUAUGUAUUUAUACAUAAUAAAAAAUUAUACAUGUGGAUUAUAUUGGUAUUUACGUUUGUAUGUUAUAAGCAUCGCUUAUACAUGCAUAAAACAUUCUAAUUGUAGAGAAUAAAAUUCUGAAUCUCAUUACUUUUAAAAUACAUCCAUUAUAUGCAGCCGGCACACACUAUAAGAAGAGAAAAGAAGUCGCGCCAGUGGUUCAACUGGUACACUAGAGACGGGGGGGUAACCCCAAAUUAGAAACUCAUAUGGGUGAACAAAGAGUAGUGUACCAACGGGAACUGGGAUGAAUAAUACUUUACAUAGAGUGGCAGCUAACUUUUCAGUGAAAAGAAGAAAAUAUUUUUAGUAAAAUAUAUUAAAAUUCUCCUGUUAUGUAUAUUCCUAUUGCUAUGUGACUCUCACCUCUUGCUGAAUUUCACUGUUACGUGUGCAAGGUGAUAUCAAUACCAGAUUUUUGACUAAUCAUACAGAAUGAUCCCUCAACAUCUUGUUUUGAUACUUGCCUAGUUGCUACCAACCAGUAUGAAAGGCAGCUAGCAAGUUGCUAUCCAUAUAUUACUGCAAUAAGCAGUUUUUGCUUUAUUGAGCCUAACCUUACAUGAAUAGCAGAACUUUGUUACCAUAAUAGCUGGUUGCAUUCACUAGAUAUUGCAUUUACCUGUUGGUUCACUCACUUAUUGUACCCGAGCACCACUGUAUACAAUUAGUUCCUCAUUUGAUUAUUUAAUAAAAUGUAUUUUUUCUUUUAACUGUUCCAGGUCUGGAAGUUGGCUUCCAGAUCUGGAAGUUGGCUGGCUCUCUAUUUAGAGUAUAUUACAUACCAGUUCCCGUUGGUACACUACUCUUUGUUAACCCAUAUGAGCACACCCACUAUGACAAAUGGAGAGACUACACCCAGGGUAAUUCACAAAACUUGGAAUCUCUGCAAAAUAAAUCUAAAUGGCAAAAGUGAAGCAAAAAUACCCUUGUUCUAACUAUAGCAAAGUUUGAGACUAUUUCCAAAGCAAUGGUUUUUGCCUCCAUUUUUCCAUUCAGAUUAAAUUAGCAAAUAGGCCUGUCAGUGUCCAUGGCUCUAGGCAAGGGCCCCCUAUCUUUGAUAUUAUCUUGUAUCCGGACAAGUAGGUUGUCCUGACUGACUAGUAGAUUGGGCUACCACUUUAGUCUCUUGAACAAAUAGAUUUAUUUUUAUUUCCACUUUCCUGGCGUAACAAGGUUCAUUCAUAAAAAUGCCAAUUGCUCUUGACAUCUGCACUUUUUGGAAAAUGGAAAAAGAACAUACUCUGUUCACACAUAAAGCACUUCAUGAAGUGUUAGAUGUUUGGAAUGUUCUUUUAAAGUGUUAUUGUCUUUUUCUUUAUCUUGUUAAAACAUGAAAUAUCAAGGUAUAAAAAUGUGAGCUUUUUGAGUUUUAACUUACUAAUCGGGCCUAAAAUUUUUUAGCCAUAAAUGCUCAUGAAGCACGUCUUUUGUCCCCACAAUAGACUGUCAGUUUAUGUAAUCACCUGGAUGUAUUUACAAAGAGUGUCAGUGAAUUUGUAUCCGGAUGUAUGUGCCCUUUUCCCAACUGCAUGUCUGUUACCCAGUUAUUUAAAUUCACAAAUAACUUGGUUAGGGGCUGUGACAAAUGGAAAAAUGGUCUCUGUUACAGGGGGGACUAGAAGUGGGUGCUCCUUCCCCUGCUGCUCUGUUCGAUAUACCAGCUCGUCUCUCUCUACCAGUUUUCUCUUUUGGCUCACUCCUAUUCUGCCUAACCCGCAUUCUUUCUCACUGCCAUUUACUUUGCCUGCAGAUGGGUCACCUCGUACAUGAUUUCUGACAGCAUUGGACAUUAACAAUGACCUGUACUUAGUACUGAUCUCAGGGCACCUUUACAGUGCAUCCUAAUGUAAUAGUAGGAGCCAGAGUGUGUGAGACAUCACUACAUUGCGAGAAACCCGCAAUCGUUUGGUGUUAAAUAUUUGCUGUAACUAGUGUCUACUAUUGUGUGAGCUAAGCAUCUAUUGGCACACCUUAAAUUCUCGGUGUGUUACUUGCCUUGUCUCAUGCAAUGCUUAGUGACAAGGGGGUCCUUGGCAACUAACCUUCUUCCCAGAAUUACUUUGUCCCCAUUAAUUUUCCUAACCUGUGCCGCUUGCACCUCAUAAAUCCGCUAGCAUCUUAUCUAGUCUUAGGGCCCUUUCUAGCUUUUUUUUUUUUAUUCUCUCCUCCAUUCUGAGAGACUAUAAAGAGUAGAUAUGAGACUUUUUUUUUCUUUUUUUUUAAAAUCACAUUUAUAUUUAAAAUGUAUAAUUUAGCAAUCCAUAUUUCUUUCAAACGUAAGCAUUACAAAAGUUAUUUAAAGUUACUUUUUGUUUACAAAAGCCUUAGUAUGGUCACCUCAUUUCUAGCAGUUGGGUUUAAACAUUGUUCUGAAACGUUGUUGCAACUAAUAAAUCUCUGAUCUGUUGAAACAUUAUUUAGUAGUAUUGUGAUAUUUUAAUUGGGGAAUUUGAUCUUUUGCAUACAAAGAGUUUACCCUUAAAAUAGGGAAUGGUUGCUAGUUACUGUAGUGUACUUUUCUGGUCGUGUUUUGUAAGCGUGCAUUACUGUAAAUAACACCCUGGGUUAUAACAGACUGUACUGUGUAGAGUUGUUUCCCUGUUCUACAUCAGGGAAGGUGUGUCUGUACACGUGUGUGUGUUUUAGGCAUGACCUAGUACAGUGAUCACACUUCUUUCCAUGUGAAAUCUCAUUGUUCUUGUAUGCAACCUUAUAGUAACAAAAAUGGUUGUUUUUGUUUUGAUUUGCUGGAAACCCUCUACAUUUUGUCUUUGGAUAUUGCCAUAUGGAUUACAUUAAUUGGAUAUAGGUGCUGGAGACAGAUUAUUAGCCUAUGGUUCUCAGCAAUUUAGUGUCAUCCAGAUUGCAAUUGGAAUGUGGAAGUGCUUAAAAGGACACUCUGCACACAAAAACCCUUUCACCUUACUGAAGUGGCUUUAGUGCAAAAAUGUCCCUUUACUUGGACAAUUUAAAACCUUUGCAUUUUUAUUUUUAUUAUUUUUGAACCUGCAAUGUUUACAUAUAUUUGAGAACAUAAAUUUAGUUGUUCAGCACUGUGGAAUAUGUUGUCGCUUUGUAAAUGCCAGUAAUGGAUAACCGAUAAAUAGUGGCUGUUGGACACCUCCUGUGGGGGCACUGCCUCCUUAUGACUUUUUUCAUUUUCUUGGAGCUCUUUAUUUCUGUCAUCACACAGAUCAUGAUGAUGCCAAACACAUCCAUUGCACUUGAUUGGCAGAGAUUGCCGUACAUGUACCCUAUAUCCCCAGUGUUUCUGUUAGAAGUUAUGGGUUGGACAAAAGUCAUCAGUGUGUACUCCAAAACUUAUUUCUACUGGAUUCUAGCAUACUUUUCGUCUAAUCCACAUGUUUUUAUGUUCUCCUUUUUUGACAUCCAGAUUACAAAUGUAAAAAAAUAGCAUAUUGUGUCUGAAACGUUGUAACAAUUUUAAGUAGUCCUACAAUGAUACAAAAUGUCACCAUCCUUAACAUGUCCUUCUGAUUCUUUUAGGUCUACUCCCGCACCAGCAGGCUCCAGCGAUGUGGCGUCCAGUAAUCGUCGUCUGCAACAGACACAAGCUCAAGUUAAUGAGGUCAUCCGGUUUCCAUGAAUUAAAUUUUAAGUUUAUUUUUUUCCCUUUUAGUUGUAACAUUGACCCAAUUCGCUCCAUUAAAUGUAAAAGGUUGUUUUUUUGUUCUUUGUUUUUUCACCUGUGAGAUUGAACAUGUGCCAAAAAAUAAAUAAAUAAGGAAGACUACAGGAUUUUACAACAUGACUUUGAUUAAAAUGUUCCUGUCCUUAAAUUCAGAAAACAAAAACAAGGGAUUCAAGUUCAUCCAUAAUAUAUCUGGGUGCUAAACAAAGAUAUAUUAUGAUAUAUAUUAUAUAUUUUUUUAUUUUUUUUUGUGAUAACAGAAUUAAUUUGUCUGAUAUUUUGUUUUUUUGGGUUAAAUGCCAUGUCAGAAGACUACUAGCAUCACCACUCUGCAAGCAUCUUCAUGGCAGCGCUGAAAGACCUACUUCUAAACAAAUGCUCUAUUUAUCCCAGUUCAUUCAAACCCCAGGUUUAUCAGAAAGCUCAAUUGGCUUCCGCCGCAGCUCUAUUUUUGGCUUUUGUCACAAACGCGGCAUAAAUUUUUCAUGUCGAUUUUGUGAAUGACUUUAAAUUAAAUCUAUGUGGUUUGUUUGGUUCUUGCUUUAAAAAUAACAUUUCUGUCCUGCUGCGUAAUUUACUAUUUUCUCUAAAGGCUUGUGUUUGUAUGUUUGUAGUUUCAUUGUACUGAUUUAAUAAUUGUGAAAUGUUCCUCCCCUUCUUUGGUGUGUGUGUGUGUAUGUGUGUGUGUAUGUAUAUGUGUGUAUGUAUAUAUUUGUGCUCGGAAUUUAAAUACGUAGUGGAUAGUAUCUGUGAGCAAAGUUGGUUGUGGUGUGCCGAAACCAACGUACGAGUGGGCCUGUAAAUAAAAGAGGGCAAAAGAUAAAUUUGAGAAAAUACACACUUUAUUGCAUUUUACAAGACCAAGUUCCUGAAAGCUUGGCGAAGCUCUUUCUCCGGUUGCGGAAUGUAUGCAUUAUAUAUGGAGGAUUUCCAUCGCCCCAGCCUUUUGAUGAUGUGGACCGGUGCGUUUGUGCUAGAGGCUGCUGAGGCGGCUCCUAUACGGAAGGAGUGCCCGGAGAAUGCAGCAGGGUUGUGUCCGAGCUUAGAUAACAGGGUUCUGACAUGUAACAUAAAUUUUGCCGUGGUAAGCGGGUGCCCUUGUAAUGUUAAGAGCAGAGAGUCUGGCAGGUGAGCGUGAAGAGUUGACCGUAGUUGGUCUAGAACUUUCACCGGACACCAGGCAUUAUCAGUAGGGAAGAGCGGAAUUAUUGUAGGGUGUAGUGACCGGUUGGUUUUAGUGGUAGGGAUAGAAAGUAGGUAGUGAUCCUCUAUCUUGGUGAGGUGUGAAGUUUUAAGGCUUAGCACGAUAUCUCCUUGACAAACCACGGUGAACUCUCUAGGUCUGAGAAAACCAUAGAAAGCGAGAUAUAUAGCAGAUUUGAUCACCGUAUUGGUGUUGCUAUCGAAUGGGGCUGUGUCAAGGAGAUUGCUAAGUGACCUGAAGAUAGGCCCAUCUAUAAGUAAUCUAGUGCUUGAGAGAACCUUUGAUAUACCUUUCAAGACCUUUUUAAUGGGGUAUGAUGACAAAAAAGGAGUGCUGUUAGGAAAACUGGUGAGGCUGUGGUGCUGAACCCCGGUGAGGUAAAGUUUAAUGGUGUUGUGCGACAGUUUAAGGUGUAGGUGGCAGAAAGAGGCAAAAGUCCCCAUGGUUUGGAUAGAAAAGUCACCUUGUAGACCGAAUUCUGCAGUGAAUUUGUUAAAUAUGUUAAGUGCCCUAUUGUAAGUGAUAGCAGUGUUGGGUGAUUAAUGCUUGGUGAGUGAGUGAUCUAGCGUGAAGCAAGAGUGUGCUUAAUCCCAGAUUAGUUUGUGAAACCGUGGUGUCCUGGAUGGCUGUUGGUGAGCCGUUGGGAGUGCCUGAGAAUUCCUGGAAUGCCUGGAAUUGAGAACGAGAGAGCGUCAGCGGCCGUGUUGUGAAUACCCGGGAUGUGAGAACAUACUAAGUGAAACUGACCGGAUGCUGCCAGCCAGGUCAACUUGCGAAUCAGCCGCAUGAUGGUCAGGGAUGAUGAGCGCCCUUUGUUAACGAUUUCGCAAGCUGCUGAGUUAUCUGAGUAGCAUUUUACUGCCUUGCCGGACCAGAGAUGACCCCAGGUGUGUGCGGCCGCCACAAUGGGGUAAAUUUCAAAUAGGGCUGAGGUCUCCCUGAAUCCUGGCAAGGCAUCCGUCUCAGUGGGCCAGUGGCCCCUAAACCAGUGGUUCCCAAAAAUGGCUGCGAAACCGGUGUUGGCUGCUGCGUCUGUGUGGAUGAUGGGUGAAGAGGUGGAGAGAGGGGGAUAAACAUGGAGAUACCAUUCCAGUCUUUCAAAAACUUCCCCCACAUAGCUAAGUCAGCCUUGGCGUGGGGGUCCAAAGAAACUGUGCCGGAGUCUGGGACUCCGUGGAGCAGGCAAAGAAGUCUGGAUAUGAAAGACCUUCUCUGCGGAAUGAUGCGCAUGGCGAAGUUCAGAGAUCCAAGAAGGGACUGAAGUUCUCUCCUGGUGCAAACAUCAUUCCGCAGGAACAUGUCUAUCUCCCCUCUCAAUCGUGAUAGUUUGUCGUGGGGAAGGCUAGUUCUGAGUUUGACAGUCGAGCUCUAUGCCUAAAAAAGUCAACUUUGUUGUGGGUCCUAUAGUUUUGGCUGGGGACAAAGGGACUCCAAGUGUGGAACAUAGUGCGGUAGUACUUUUAAUUGAUGAGGGUGUUGAUGACCCUGGCUCUAUCAGUAGAAAGUCGUCUAGAUAGUGAAUAACGGAGUGACACCUGAUGACGUUCAGAAGCAGCCAGCAUAGUGACUCUGCAAAAAUGUCGAAAAGUUUGGGGCUGCUUCGAGAACCGAAAGUGAGUCGUGUUGAGAAGUAAUAAUUCCCUCGCCAUUUAACACCGUGUAAGUGCCAGAGUGAGGGGUGUAUGGGCAGUAAUUUAAACGCUUUGUGAUGUCUGUUUUGCUGAGCCAGGGUCGAUUACCAGAUGAUAUGAUGGACUGUAUGGCGUUGUCUAUGGUAACAUACUGAAGUGAGAAUUCGUAUGCUGGAAUGAGUGCGUUUAUGCUUGGAACAAGAGGAGUGCGGUGCCGAUAAAUCGAUGAUAAGACGUUUUUUAUUAGAAUAUUUGUGAAUAGCAAUACCAAUAGGGUUAGUGCGCCAGGAGGAAAACGGUGAAGAGGUGAAGGACCCGAUCAUGAAACCGUUAGUGGUUUCUGAGGAAAUGAGUGUCUAUAGCGACUAGGUCUAAACAUGCUGACUGGAGAUUAGGACAUUCUAGUGUACCUGGGGGAAUGGCUACUAUGCCUGUGUGAAACCCUUGUGAGAAACCUGUGGUGAGAAAAUCCACCAAGUGCCUGCUGGGGUGAGACCUUGGAUAAAAAAACAGGUUGUCGAUAUGUAUGUCGGUUAGUCAUUUGUUUGGUGACAACCUGGCUGGACACAUGGUCUUGGUAUGUGCCCUGAAACAUAUGGAGCAGAUGUGCAAUAAUCUACAGGCGCUGAAACUGCAGGAGCCUGCGUUGAAAUUAUUGCACACCUGCGCCUUACCUAAAAAGGAGAUGGGCCUACCCAGCUUAUCCCGAAGACCACCCGCUGGCUUGUUGUGAGGGGUGAAAGAGGAGUGAGGUGUGAACGUGGGGUAUGUGGUGGGAGUGGAGGUGGUGGGAUCUGAUUCGACGGGACAUAAGUCCGCCAUGUGGGAUGUAGAAUUACAAAUGGCACAAGCCGGGGGCCUGAGUCCAGCGAAGUGGCAACAGAAAAGUUCUGUGUCCAUCUGACCCCAGUUCAUUCUAUUGUUGAACUGCUUGAGAUGGGUCGCUGCCUUCGCUGAAACUGACUUGUGGUAGUCAUAGAAGGAAGAGCCCCCGUACUUGAUGCCUAGAUCCACUACCUUGUGGAGAUAGAGAUCUAGCUCUUCUCUCCUGUGGGGAUACACUGUGCAAAUGACGUCACGGUAUAUCCCGAAAGCUAUCACGAACUGGGGGAUAGACAAUUUUUUAUUGAGCCUGGGAUCCCUCGUUUUGAGCACAACUGAAAUGUCACCAUAGUUGUAUGCCUUGUUCUCGAGUAUAUCCUGAGAGGCUAUGAGUAAAGACACCAGACACACAUCCUUCCCGUCUAGGAUAUCUUUCCUGAUAGAGUCUGGGACAGAGUGUGCUGGUGACUCGAAUGGUGUGAUGGCUGUGCCAGGUGCUGGAGGGGGGAGUAUAGGGGGCAUGUUGGUAUAGCAGGUACAGCUGUGGUAGAGACUGGGACUUCGGUGUUAGUACCUGAGGAGUAGAUGGCGCUCUCCACCUUAGAUAGCCUGCUAUUGAGGGUCUGUAGAUUGGCCAAGAUAUCUGCCAGGGUAUCCUGGGUGGCCGUGCUGUUUCUUGGUGGUUGUCCUUGAGAGCUAGUUCGAGGCCUAGGCUCGGGGGCUUGGUGGGUAAGCAGCCUGUAAAGUUCUGCCUUUCUAGCUGUGGCCGGAAAGGGGAUUCCCCUGAGCCUAAGCUUGGUCGUGAUUUUGGGAAUAGUCCAUGCUCUCAAGGACGUGGGGGUUGAAAGAGUGAGAGAUUCGCCUGGAGACACGGGUCUGAUUGGCGUGAAUGGUGUUUCUUCUGUCAAUUCUUCGGUUGGAAUUGGUUCUUGGGACAUUCUAAAAAUGAAUGAUUAUGUGAAAGAUAUAUUAGAGGGGGAGUGAGGUAAGUAGGAGAGGUAUGGGGGGUGGUGUAUCUGGAAGAACUGGACUGUAAUGCUAGAUGCCGAGGUGAAAAACUUAACUGUUGAAUGACUGGAUAGGUGAGGCCCUGCUAAUGCCAAGUGGCGGUGAGAGGCUCUACCUAUGAUUUAUGACGUAGGUGCCACAGACGUGGUGGCGGGAUGUUGGCCUCUCGGUGACGAUAAGAGAAAUCAAAAACGUGUGGCCGUGACAGGUGAGGCCCUAACUAGAGCCCUGUAGUAGGGCAUGCGAGGCUUAUAACUAUGGUUUGGGCGUGGGGCUGUACCUCCGUGUUGAGGUGGGGUGGGGGUGAUAGGCCUCGCGGGAUCGGAUUUCCUAAUAGGGUGGGCUAAGGCAUUAGCCUGUGCCCUAUAGCCAGUUCGAUUGUAUGCUUAAGGGUAAAGUGAGAGGACUGGAGUGAUGUGUGGAUACUAACCUUGACUGGUCGCAAAUGGUAUCUGGAGCCUCCUGAUAAGUGUAGAGAGUCUUGUCUUAAUGCUGUCUUUGAGGAAGAAUCCUGAGGGUUUAAGACAGAUGUUGAUGUAUUUAUGCGUAUCGUGAUGUCGUAUGAUUAGUAUUGGGAGUAGGUUUGUUAGGGGCGCAACGUGAGAUCCUGCAUUGAGGGAUCUGGAAGGUUAGGUGUAAGAAUAGGAUGAUUUUAGAUAUUUGUGAGAAGGCAGAAUGAGGCCUUGGGGUAGCGAAUGGACGUAUUUGAGUAAGGACGUAAGUACCUGAAGGUAUUGCUGAGUACCGGGUCAGGUUUUUGGUGUUUUCUGAGCCUGAUGGCUGUACGACCGAAUGUCUGUGUAGACAAGUAGUAAAGAGAUAACAUAUCGUGGGCGUAAGCCUGAGGAAAGGUAGUAAUGGAAUUGAGACCGCGUGAGGUCUAGUAUGGAAAAGAGAGUGAACUAUACCUUGGUUUUGAAGUACAGAGAUUACUUUUAAGCGUGGCAGGUUAACUGCGUAGAAUCGGUGGAAGCUUAGAAUAAAACAGGAUCUAAGGGUUUAACCAAAGACAAUUUCCAUAUUUAGCGACAGAUGUGAAGGUAAGUGAUAAAACCUGAUAACUCAAAGUGAUAAGAUACAAUACCUGUUCCUGUAAUAAAGGACCUUGAAAUAACAACUUUAGCGCAGAAAAGCAAGAGACCGAUGCAAUCUGUAAAAGCCAAAAUAUGUGACAGCGUGAUUUAUGUGAAAGGAAUAGUACGGAUGUUGGUGUAAUGGGUAUUUCUUGCACGUAGUGUUUAAAUGACUUAUAUCUGAGUGUUUUUAGAAAAAAUUGUAUUGCUUGUAUUAGUCACGUAUGAAGGUAUGUACCAUGGUUAAAACAGUAUGUUUGUUACAGUAAAAUACGUUAAUAGGUUAGCAUAGGUAGGAAAAACACAAGGCUGGUAGUUAAACCAGAUAGUAUAACCCCAUACUGAUGUGAAGGUAUUGGUAAUAAUCUGACCGAACAAGGAAUAUACGAAAAAUGUAGUAGGAUUCGUGUGAUUAGAACUUGUGCAUACUUUAGCUUGUUAGAAUAGAAAUAUAGCCGAAUAUGGAUUAGUAAGAUGGUGUUCGUGUAUUAACCGUACGAAAUAGGUUGGUAAUAAUACUUAAUACUUAAUACUUUUAAAUAGCUUAAUACUUUAAAUAUAGAUUCGGUAGUUUCCGUACGAAAAUGUUUAAACGAUAGUAAAAUGAGCCGAACGUUCGUGCGUUUUGGCGUGAACGGAAACUUUAUACGAAGAGCAUGUAUUCGUGUAAAUGCGAUAGAGGGAGCCUACCCCUACGUUUUUAGGCCCGAACGGCGGGGAAUAGCGAACGCUAAUUCCCUCGCCUCGCUUACGUGCCGGUCUCGUGACCGGAAGUCGGGUACCUCGACCGGGGAAAAACCGAGUGGAAGGACCUCGAACGGACGGAGGAUUGAUCAGGACGUCUGACUGCUGGAAACAGGUACAGUUCUGGAGGGAAGCUGGACCGGAAGUGCUGGUUGCUAUGAGGACAAUCAGCUGAGCGGCAGUGGUGAGUAGGGGCUGGGAGUUUAAGUAGGGGACUUACUCCUCCCACAAAUUCAGGCCUAAUGGCCUUUCUACAUAUGUAUGUGUGUAUGUGUGUGUGUGUGUGUGUGUGUAUAUAUAUAUAUGUAUAUGUAUGUAUAUAUAUGUGUUUGUGUGUGUGUAUAUAUAUGUGUAUAGACAGAUUAGCCUAUGGUUCUCAGCAAUAUAGUGUCAUCCAGAUUGCAAUUGGAAUGUGGAAGUGCUUAAAAGGACACUCUGCACACAAAAACCUUUUUCACCUUACUGAAGUGGCUUUAGUGCAAAAAUGUCCCUUUACUUGGACAAUUUAAAACCUUUGCAUUUUUAUUAUUUUUGAACCUGCAAUGUUUACAUAUAUUUUUUUUUUCACCUGUGAGAUUGAACAUGUGCCAAAAAAACUUAUAUAUUUUUUUUUUAAUUUUUAAAAAAAAUUCUGUUUUUAUUGCAUUAAAAUUGGAGCGAUAUUUAUUUAUAAUUUUAUAAUUUAGGUGGUGGACAUCAUGCGAGUUAAUGUGGAUAAGGUCCUAGAAAGGGACCAGAAGUUGUCUGAGUUGGAUGAUCGAGCAGAUGCUCUACAAGCGGGUGCAUCACAGUUUGAGACUAGCGCUGCCAAGCUGAAGAGAAAAUACUGGUGGAAGAACUGUAAGGUAAUGACAUUUUAAUGCAUUCUGCAGGCUGCUCUCAUUGCUGCUUGGGUGUGGAGGAUGCUUUGAUAUCCCAGGCAGCCUGUUUUAGAAUCUUUGGUUGAAGUGAUUAUCUAAAUUGUCCAAUUUCAUUCCAUGUUUGUUUGGCUUGAAGGAACACAAGGUACAACUCAUCAAGAUUUAGUGAUUGGUAGCUUUGACAUUGGGCAUUGAUUUGUUAAAUUAAGAGUGGGGCAAACGGAGGAGAAGGGGGUAUGUGUAUUGGGAGAUAUUUCAUGGCUUGACAUUGUCAAGUGUUUAACCUAUUCUGGAGCAAUGGGCAAUCUCUAAAAGGAGUAUCUUCAAUAUCAAAGGCUUCCUUAUAACGUAUAGUACUCUUCUAACUCAAGGGGUUCCCCUCUCCCACCAAAUUUCCUUCUGUACGAAGGCAUAGAAAGCAAAACAUCAAAGAUUUAUUUAUUUUUUUGCCAUUAAUUUUUGAUACUUUUAACUUUCCCAGCCAAAAUGUCUUGCGUUAUUGUGUGUGAAAAGGAGUUGGCAUGUUCUUUACUGAUUCAUGGAAUGGAUCACAAACUAAUCGUGCUAAAUGUUCUAAAUGUGUUUCUCACAAUGCAGUUAAUAAGAUUUUGUUCUGUUGAUAUUUACCACCAGCACAAUUGGUGCACAUUUUUCACUCUCAAUUUCAUUUAUGCUGGUGUGGCUGCUUGAACACAUGCACAUAUAUGGUGGUUUUGACCUAUUCUAGUGCAAUUCAGAAUAUAGCCGAUGUAAACUUCCCACUUAAAGCGGCACUGUCAUGCCGAACUUGCCUUUCUUUAAUCGAUUCCUCUCUCAGGGUCUCUUCUUCAUUUCUUCCUGUCUGCUCUAGUUUUCUUUAAAACCGAAAACAAAGUAGGGACUACUUGUCUUAUGGAGGUUUCCUACGCCUGACCAGUGGAGGAGCAAAGUGUGCUAAAAACCCAAGGGCAGAGUACAGAAUAUUUGAUAGAGUCCUAACCUCAACAUCUGAGGAAAAGGAUUUAGGGGUGAUUAUUUCUGAUGACUUAAAGGUAGGCAGACAAUGUAAUAGAGCAGCAGGAAAUGCUAGCAGAAUGCUUGGUUGUAUAGGGAGAGGUAUUAGCAGUAGAAAGAGGGAAAUGCUCAUGCCAUUGUACAGAAUAUUGGUGAGACCUCACUUGGAGUAUUGUACACAGUACUGGAGACCGUAUCUUCAGAAGGAUAUUGAUACCUGAGAUAGAGUUCAGAGAAAGGCUACUAAACUGGUUCAUGGAUUGCAGAAUACAACUUACCAGGAAAGGUUAAAGGAUCUUAACAUGUAUAGCUUGGAGGAAAGACAGGACAGGGGGGAUAUGAUAGAAACAUUUAAAUACGUAAAGGGAAUCAACACCGUGAAUGAGGAGACUAUAUAUUUAAAAGAAGAAAAACUACCACAACAAGAGGACAUAGUCUUAAAUUAGAGGGACAAAGGUUUAAAAAUACCAGGAAGUAUUACUUUACUGAGAGGGUAGUGGAUGCAUGGAAUAGCCUUCCAGCUCAAGUGGUAGAGGUUAACACAGUAAAGGAAUUUAAACAUGCAUGGGAUAGGCAUAAGGCUAUCCUAAAUAUAAGAUAAAGCCAGGGACUAGUGAAAGUAUUUAGAAAAUUGGGUAGGCUAGAUUGGCCGAAUGGUUCUUAUCUGCCGUCACAUUCUAUGUUUCUAUUUCCUGUGGUCAGAGCAAUUUUCUCACAAUUCUCACCUUUUCUCCAUGCUCCCACGAAGCCUCCUCUCACCUUUCCCGGACGUCAUGUCAUUUAGACAGAACGCCGGCAAAACUAACGAAUUGCAUCCUAACAGAAUGAGAAUAGUUUAAAAAUUAGUAUUAGGACGCAAUUCGGGACUUUGUUCGGACUGGAAUUUCAUCCUGUGGCUGCUCACGGUUUAAAAAAAUAAAUAAAAAAUAGUAUCCCUCUCCCGAGCCGCUCGAGUGGGGGCUAUUAAACUAAAGGGCGGGACCUACCAUGCCUUCUCCCCCCCGCCCCCCACCACCACUCCAACGGUUUCUGCAUUCGUGUUAGGACGCAAUUCGGACCUUUGUUCCAAUCGGAAUGAAUUAAACUCAGAUCCUUUUUGUGCUGCAUCUUGCAGCUGCUUAGUAGAUAACGCCCUAAUUCCCACGAUAUUAGGGAGCUAUCUACCAAAAGGCUGAAAGACCUAAAUUGGUCUCUCUGCCAAAUUUACUAAUACUUAGUAAAGAGUAGGGGCAUGUCUAUUAAACAGUGAGCACCCCUCCCAACCCCCCUAAAGAUUACUUAGUAUUAGUAAAUUCUGCCCCUACUCACUAUGCCGCGAGUAGGGGCAUGUCUAGUAAACUGUGAGCAUCUCCCCUCCUAAGCCCCCACCCGUGCCGCUCGAGUGAGGGCUAUUAAGGGGGGACCUAUCAUCGUCGUCGUCGUCCCCCCCCAAAUAGAAAAAAAAAAAACGGACGGUAAAAAAUUAUCUUCACUCAUGGAGGGCACGGCGCAGAAUGAGCUCCGCAGGGUGGGCAAAGGCUUAUAAAGCCUUCCCACGCCCUGCUAUUAGGCUCAGAGCGCUGUGGUUGGUUUAAGCCAACCAAUCAGUGCUCUGACAGGUAAAUGAAGAGACUGACAGGCAAGUCUCUACAUUUGGGUGCAAAUAGUAGGAUCGGGGAGCAGCGCCUGUUAUGGAAUUUCCCACGCUCCGAGUGAUUUGGAGGAGGGAAGGAAAAAGACACGGAUUUAGUGUAGUAUGUUAGGAUCUUAAGUGGUGGUAAAUGAAGGAAAAGGAAUUGCGCUUAUAAUUUUCUGGAGCUUAUACUCCUCUCCAGAUAUGUGCGCCUGGACGGUAUAAUCCCAGUCUAUGGAUAUGUAGAUGGUCCUUGGAUGUCCUCAAAAAGGGGUUUCCAGAGGCAGUGGGCCGGUAUUCGAAUAGUUGGUGAUUAUAAAAGAAAAGAGGGAAAAAAAAAAAAAGGAUAGAAACACAAAAUAGUGUUCUCUGGAUGAUACAAAAUAAAAUGUUAAAAGAUGGAGGUAUACUCACAAGUGAAGAGCAAAUGGGAUAUUGCUCAAUAUAUGCAGGCGUAGGUGAUAUGAUCCCCACCAAGGAUAUCACUCCUUGAGUCCUCCAGUGGGGGUGUUAAGGAGAGUAGAAAGGAAUAUAUUUAAAAAAAUAAAAGGAUAGGCUUAGAGGCUCCAAUAGCAUAACUGGGCAAUCUUUAUUGGAGACAAAAAAAUAAGUAACAUAAAAUAGCUUUAAAAACGCUGUUUUAUGUUACUGAUUUUUUGUUUGUUUGUUUGUUUGUUCCCUCCUCCAAAUCACUUGGAGCGUGGGAAUUCCAUAACCGGCGCUGCUCCCAAAUCCUACUAUUUGCACACAUCGUACCACCAGAAAAGAGGAGACUGGUUUUUGGGAACUUUCAGCAGCUACAUACUAUAAUUACAUGUACUGAUAUUCCACCCACCCCUCUAAGUCUCUACAUUUACCUGUCACAACACUCUGGUUGGUUGGCUUGAAAUCCGACCAAUCAGAGUGCUCUGCUUCAUUUUACAUAGCGUAGGAAAUUUAUUUGGAAUUUUUCCAUGCUGUGUAAAAUGACACAGAGCACUCUGGAUGGAUUUCAAGCCAACCAACUAGAGCGGUCUAAGUCUAAUUGCAUGGUGGGAAGGCUUUAUAAGCGGAGCUCAAUAUGUCUGUCUCCCCCCCAUUGUUAUUUAGAGGCCCCACCUCAUGGAGUGGUGGGGGGGGCAUGGUAGGUCCCCACCCUUUAGUUUAAUAGCCCCCACUCGAGCGGCUUGGGAGAGGGAUACUAUUUUUUUUUUUUUUUAAUCCGUGAGUAGCCACAGGAUGAAAUUCCGAUCCGAACAAAGUCCCGAAUUGCGUCCUAAUACUAAUUGUGAAACUGUUCUCAUUCUGUUAGGACGCAAUUCGGUAGUUUUGCCGUCCUUGUGUCUAAAUGACAGGACGUUCAGGAAAAGUAAAGUGAAAGGAGGCUUCGCGGGAAUACUGAGGAAAGGUGAGAAUUGUGAGAAAAUUGCUAUGACCACAGGAAAUUAAGCACACUUUGCUCCUCACCUGGUCAAAGAUGGUCAGGCGUAGGAAACCUAGUAGUCCCUACUUUGUCUUAUGUUUUAAAGAAAACUAGAGCAGACAGGAAGAAAUGAACAGAUCCUGACAGCGGGAGAGAAGAGGAAUCGAUUAAAGAAAGGUAAGUUCGGCAUGAUAGUGCCGCUUUAAUUUUGAGGUUUUGUUUUGGGGAUUUUAUCCUUCAUGUCUUAUUUAUCACAUAAGGGUUCUUUGUUUUGUUUUUUUUGUUUAUGUAUUUAAAUUUAAUUAUUCCUUCUAUAAUCGCUAUUGCUAGUUAUCUCCAACUUUACCCUCUUUAUCUAUAGUAGUACAGGAUCUAGAAAAGAAUGAGAGGGUAGAACAAAUGGCCACUAUUUUGGUUCAAUAGUUUCAAAAGUAUGGGACCAGUUUAAACGUGGACUUGUCAUAUAACCUGAUUGGCGAAGAGAGAAGGAAAAGAAAAAAUGUUUCAUACUUCUACUUUGUGUGGUUGUACUGCUUUUGUUGUAAUUGUAACAACAAAAAUUUAAGGAUUGGGCAGUGUGCUACUAUUAAGUGGAGGAGCUGCAUAUGCGAACAAGUUGUUUUUAAAGAUAUAGAAAGCCACCCAAUGCUGGUUGCAUUGAAAUUUAUGGCACUGAAAAGGAACUCAAAAUGUUUGUUUUGGUUUUUUGGGGGGUUUUUUUUUUUUACUUUUGGUUUUCUCUUUUGCAUGAGUAUUAUGGGCACAUCUUGAGGACCAAGGAAUAUCAUUUGUUUGCAUUUAAAAAAAAAAAAGUGCAGUCAUGUUAUUACACCUGAGUAAUGGUCUUAGAAACUUUUCUUUUUUUUUUUUUUUACGUAACUAAUAAUUAAAAAAAAUAUUUAUUUAUUUUUUUCUCUUCUUCUAGAUGUGGGCAAUUCUUAUCGCUGUAGUCGUGCUCAUAAUCAUCAUCAUUAUCGGUGAGUAUUAUUUGCCCUUUAAUAAAGGUUGUGUGUUUUGUAUUUUUGUUGCUUAAAAUGUUUCAACAAUUUUUUGUCUUUCUUUCUUUAUUUGUAACUUUGCAGUGUGGAGUGUUUCGUGAUCUUCUCAGGAUCCAUGGAUAUGAACUGAUGCCACGCUGAAUAACAAGGCUGCAGUUCUCAAUCAAAUCUGCUGUAUGAAAAGUAUAUAUUCAUAUGUAGCUAAAUGAUUUUUGUUUUGUUUUUUGUUUUUUGUUUUCACCCCGUUAAGCAUUGUUUUGCCUUUAGAGUUAAGUGCCAUUACCAGAAAACAAAACACACUCCAUAUUUUUAAAAGCUUAAAAAGCACAACCAGCACUUUUCACUGUGUCUUAAAAGGAAGUGUUUUUUUUCUACAUAUAUAUAUAUUUUUUUUUUUUUUUCAACUGUGAAUGGUUUUUGAUCCUCGUUAUCUUGUAACGUGCGUUUUUUUUUUAUUCACACCUGCAGAAAGCGUGCCUCCAAUUUUGUUAUCACUAUUUGAUUUGUAUGCAGCAAAAACAAAAGAUUAAAAAAAUAAUAAUCCCUUCAAGAUCAAUAAGAAAAAGCAAAGUGCCUUAAAAUGUUUAGCAUGCGUUUACAGGUGGACUGGUCAUCUCAAAGCAAUACAGUAUAAUUCAUUCAUGUUGACAUUGUUUGGUCAAAAUGGAAUUGCCAAAAGGUCUUACUUAUUUACCAAAGUGCCUUUGCAGAUUGUCUCAGAUGAGUGCUGAAAAGUCCAGUAAGAGCAGGAACAUUUAAAUAGUUCUCUGAUUAUCUUGUCCAAUAAUUGUAGGUGACCUUUAAGUUAUUGUGUUCAGUUUGCAAUACCAUUUUUUUGUUUGUUUAUGCAUACAUGGUAUAAGCACAUUUUGUAUGCAUGCUUACUAAAAGCACUAUUGGUGUAAUUUGACACGGGACUUGUAAGUACCUAUUGCAAAAAGCCGCCAGGUAUGAAAUUUGUUAAAUGUUAUGGUCAGUGGCGAUUUGGAGUAAUUCUUUUUAUGGCUUAGAUUUUUUUUUUUUAUUAUUAUUAUUUUUUAUUUUUUUUUGAUUAAAAAAAAAAAAAAAACAUAAACAAUGUAAUGAUAUAUAAAAAAAAAAUAUAUGAUUGGAUUUAAUUUGCACACGUGACUUGCUCAGGCAAAACUAAUAUGAUCUCCACUUCAUAGAGGGUAAAAAUCUAAAUUUAUAGUAACAUUAAGUUGUCCACAUCACAAGUGAAUGUAUAAAUACGUUUGUCAUUGUGUCAAGUUUAUAUAUUUUUAUGCUUUCGGUGUAGCUUACUAGUCAAAAACAAAGUACAUCCUUUGUAAUAGAUCUAUUUGCUGGCAGCUUUUGCUAGCAUUGUACAGAGAUGAAAUUUUAGAGCUUAUCUGAAUUAGAAAUUUUCAUCAAUGUGUUUCCACUUGACUCUACUUGAAUACAAAAGAUCCCAAAAUCUUCCGGUUUGUGUCAGGCUUUAUAGACUUUGACUCUGAAUCUUUUCUUCUUCAAAGGUGUGCGCAGCCACUGAAGGAAACGUAGACUAGACAAAGUCCUUUUAUAAAUAUAAAAGGCAGUAUUGUAGAGUUUUACCCCUACAGGCACUUGUGAAAGUUGCAGGAACUCUGUGAAAACGCUAGCUGACAUGCACAUCCUACUUGUUGGCAUGAAACUGGCAUGUCUGGUUAUUAAAACUUAUUGUUACUACUGACUUAGGAUGAUUCAGAUGAGGGGUGUCUACCCACCAUCUAAUCAACCACAACCCUGUACCUGCAACAACUGAGACUGUUGUCCAUUGGAUUGUAUACUGUUAUUACGCCAUCUAUGUGAACUCACAAUGUUAUGCUUGCACACAGAUUAAAUGGCACAUAUGAAGAUUGUUUAAAAUUAUACCAUAACCUCAGAUCCCCUGGUUUCACACCUGGUGUUUAAAAGGUUAUUUUUAUGCCAAUUAUGGAGGCUAAGCUUGCUUUUAUUUUUGUUUUUUUUAUUGCAGAAAAGUUGGGGGUUACUGCAGUUGAUUGAGUAAAUGAAACCUUUUGGGUUGUACAUAUCAUACUUUAAGAAAUCUUUUUGCAAACACCAAAAAGCAGCCUUUAGAAACUCUGUAUAUGUAAAACGGUGUCCGUUCCUGGGUGAACGUUGUCUUAAAUACCUGGCUUGUAAUUAAUUAGCUUACAAUGUUACAUGUUGUUGUGCAGUAUGACAAUUUUGGGGUCUUUUUCUUUAAAUCUUUUUACUUAUUCUCUCAUUUAAGUUUCCAGAAAUAAAAGAAAAUGGUUUGUGUAUAAGCGGAUUUAAUUGGUUUCUAUUAGUGGGAGUGACAUUUUGAUUUAAAUACUCUGCCAUAGUUCAGCUUCAGUGUCUGUUCCAAUGGCGAUUUUAUUCCUUUUUGCCUGUUCAAAGAAGUACCUGUUAAUGCCAGUUAUAUGCAAGAGAUGCAACAUGUCUAUAAAUGAUACCGUGAACAGUUUUGAGUCAAAUACCUUGGCUGUUUUAUCUGUUUACAUCGAUGUUGGAAAAGACCUUUUUGUAACUGCCUUUUUUCUAUAUGUUUGACUAUAUUCAGGCCUGUCAGCGCACCUAUCAGAUUGUCAAGCUCACACGUACUAAAGUAAAACGUACUGUAGAUUAAGAUGUUCUAGUCCACCUUUUUAAGACUGCGAAAACUCUACCAAAGUGUGCUUAAAUCCAAAUGUGCCUUGAGACACACUUUUCUUAAACCAAUGUUUUAAAAAUUUAUCUACACAGGGAAAUUAGAGAAUUGUGGGCAUACCUGGAACAUGUGUUUCUAAGUAGUGGUCCUGCUGUAAAGACCAAAAUAUAUAUAUAUAAAAAAAUGAAUAAAUAAAAUACAGAUAAAGGAACAGCACACACAAAAAAAUUGUUUUACAUUUUACAAGGCUACUUAAAAUCCCCUAUCUUGGCAAACAAAGUCAGGGAUACAGUUACACCAUGGCCAUAUUGUGUUAAGCCCUGUUACGUAGUGGUGGGCCAUGGUGUAACUGAAUCCCCAUAUUUAUUUGCCAAGAUAAGAAAUUUUAAGUAGACUCUCUUGUUUUUUGUUUUUUUUUAAAUUAUUUUUCUUUUUGGGGGGGAGGGGCGCUGUUCUUUAAUCUGUGUUUUUAACAGAUUAUUCUAAUUUGUGAAGUAUGCCAUUAAAAUCCAUGAAUGUUUGUGGUGUAUACUUUACUGUGUUUAUAGAGUUAAAGUUCAUUAAAGAUUUUGUCAUUAAAGUUGUCAAACACAUGUCUUUAAGGUUAUUAUUUUUAAUAAAAUCUUGCUUUAAGCUUUUCAGCCAAAGUUAAGUUUUGAUGCUAAUGAAGAGUAUGUUCUUUAUAGGACUGCAGACUCAUCUGAACGUGUAACCUUUUAAAACAUGGUCAUUACACUGUAAUGUCUUGGUGGUGUUUCCUCCUUUAUGGAAGUCUCUUAAAAUUACUAUUCCAAGCUUUCGAUAACUGUUUUUGGAAUACUUGAAACACUUAGUAGUGCGUUCUUUAAUUGCCAAUGAAACAAUCUGUAGCCUGUUGAAAACUGAGUAUAUACCCGCGUGCCUAGCAAACAGACCCACGCCAUUAAUUAAAUUACAUCACCACUUAUGCAGUCUGUACUGAGGGGCGGACAGAAUGCAUUUGUAAUAUCAGGGAUUUUGGAGAAAAUAUUAUAAACCUCUACGUGGAUUUUUUUGUUUAAUACACCAAUACAAAAAAAAAUUUUUUUUUCAAUAAUGACUAUUAAUUAUUAAAGUUGAGAACUGUAAUGCUAGUGCAAUGAUUUUCUUCUAGCUGUAAAUCCAUAGAGGAGACGUAUAGUAACCAGGAUUGCAUCUAUAGCUUCUCUUUUGACCAUGUUUGGGGAUAUUGAAACAUGCAGAGAUGUGUUUCCAAAAUGGUAAUUCUGUGGUAUAUUGGCAGUGAUACAGCUUCACUGUAUAUAGGAUAAUCCCCAUAAAAGUGUCAGAGUAGUUACCUUGCGUUGAUAAAACUCUUGCAUAGUUAAAGAACUAUCCAGGCACCAUAACCACUACAACUGUUGUAGUGGUUAUAGUGUCCUGGGUUCCACUUGCUGCCAACACUCCUGCUACAAAAAGCUCCUGCAAGGCUUCCAGUAAGCUCUACUGAGCCAAGCUCCAGCAUUCAGGGCUGCAGUCGUUGGCUGAGAGGAUCAGCUGAGUGGUCUAUGUCAAUAAGUGCAGCCAGGCAUAGCGGGCUACUGACACUUUAAGUGGUGUGUCUAGGGCACUAUAUGGUUAUUGUGCUUGUAAUGUUCCUUUCAUUGUCUCUUAAGGAUUAUGUUUUGUUUUUGUUGUAAAAUCUAAUGUUUUGUGUUUACUGUUUUCUAUAUAAAUCCUGUAACUAGAAAACAAAUUAGGUUUAUUUGUAAGCUUUUGCGCACUAACACUCAUUUAUUGUAAAAUGUAAUCAAAUAAACGUUGCCCUUUGUUUGAAUUUAUUUCCUUCUGUUGUAUGUAUUUUUACACAAUGGGAUCUUUGUGUUUUGGAACUGUUAUCCAACUGAAUUCUUUUCAAGAAUAAAAGUACAUCAGGCUGCAUUUCAAUGGAUCUUAGUCUUGAAAACAUACUGAUGGUUCAGAUUGUCAGCAUCUCAUUUGGACUACUUCAAAUCACUAAAGUGGCCAUGGUGUAACAUUUUCAGCGAAAUGGGAAAGCGUUCAUUAAAUUAAGUACCAAAAUGUGGAAGUCGUGUCUAUAGAAACCCAUGGUAUGCAUACCCCCAGGGGUACAAUUCAGGGCCCAUGGGAGUACGCGGGGGAAAAAAACGUAAAAGGCAGCGCUGCAGCCGCCUUGCACGAUUUGGGAACCUAAGUGAAGUUCCAUCGGGUGACCCAUGCCCUCAGGGCCACCUGAUAGAAAUGUGCCAUGAGGGAUCCAGUUACCCAGUUUUAAUGUGUAUGUGUAAGAGCUUGGAGAAAGUGAGAGAGAUCCUGUCAUUUCCUCCCAACUCAGACUCUGCCGCACAGGAAGGGAGAGGGGCCGCUAACUGCUAGUGCCUGUCCCCAUCCGCACACAGUAUCUCAAUGCCACCCCCUUAUCUGCUCAGCCCUGCCUCUGCCAGCCAGCAUAACUCCACCUGCUUGCUGACUGAAUUUGACCUCUGCCUUUUAACUCCGCCCCUGUGUGCUAACCUCGCCUCUAUUCAAACACCCCCGCCCCGACAUGUCCACCGCCUAACUCCGAUCAACCCCUUCUGCUCCCAUAAGGUAGGAAACUGAUGUGUGGCUACAUUUUUCACCUGUAUGUGUGUUUGUAUCUGUGUGCCUGGACAUUUACAUGUCAGUAUGUCUGCAUCAGCAUGUUAGUGUUUGUAUCUGUGUCUGUACAUCUGUAUGUGUCAGUGUGGGCAUCUGAGUAUCUGCAUGUAUGUCAGCAUGUGUAUCUGUGUGUCUGUGCAUCUGCAUGCGUGUCAGUGUUUUUAUCUGUGUUCCUAUCGGGGUUUGACAAAUCCCAGAUUACCAUGGCGACUAGCAUUUUUGUCCUGGCACCUGGGAUUUUUCAGCCCCAGAGGUGGCCAGCUAACUGUGAAUGGAGGCGGCCAGUCGGCCGACAGAGUAGAUGUAGAUGGAGAGCGUGGGCAAGCUGGUGACUCAUGGAUGGCUGAGGCAGAGGGGGUGGCAAGGGAACUGUAAUCUCAAAAUCUUACUGUAUUCACGCCUGAAGCUGUAACUCUGCAUGUGUUUGCCUUGGUAAAACUAGCAGUCUGCUGACAUCAGAAGUGGUAGCCUGAUCCAAUCACAGUGCUUCCCCAUAGGAAUGGCUGAGACUGACAAAGAGGCAGACCAGGGACAGAGCCAGCAUGAUUCAAACACAGCCCUGGCCAAUCAGCAUCUCAUCAUAGAGAUUAAUUGAAUCAAUGAGUCUCUAUGAGGAAAGUUCAGUGUCUGAAUGCAGAGGGAGGAGACACUGAAUGUUUGGAUGCAUUUUAGGCAGCCAUGACCCAGGAAGGAUCUCUAACAGCCAUCUGAGUGGCCAGUGAAGUUAGCACUAGGCUGUAAUGUAAACACUGCAUUUUCUCUGGUAAUGAUUCUACUCACAGAACAAAUUCAAUAAGCUGUAGUUGUUCUGGUGACUAUAGUGUCCUUUUAAUGAGCCCAACCAAUCCAAUGGCUUCCCAUAGCAAAGCAUUGGGAGGCUUUUGGCAUGUAUGACAAAAUGUUACGCUGUGCCAAUCAGCAUCUCCUCAUAGAGAUGCAUUAAAUCAAUGCAUCUCUAUGGGGAAUCUUCAGAGCCUGCGCCCUGCAUGCAGAGCGUGAAGACACUGAACGUAGGUGCAACGUACUGUGCAGCACUGACAGAGGGUGCACUUCCAGAGGCCAUCUGAGUGACUGUCACAAGAAGUGUUAAUAGGCAACUAUGUAAACACUGCCUUUUCUCUAAAAAGUGUGCUUGGACAGGCCAUAGACACCAGAACUACAUUACGCUGUAGUGGUUCUGGUGACAUGUCCCUUUUGAGAAUUUUAUUUUUGACGUUGAAAAUCUGGCUCCUAACUUUUUUUUGCUGGCUCCUAAUUUGAGCAAGCCCUGGUUUAUGUAUCUGCAUAUGUGUCAGUGUGUCAUUGUUUGGAUAUGUGUACAUUUGCAUGUGAUUCUAUCUGCACUGUGAGAAGCAGGGGGAACCUGGGACUGAAAAGGUCAGGGUGCCUGGGGCAGAGGAAGCACAGGGGGGAGCCUGGGGCAGAGGAGAACGAAGGGGAGGCCUGGAGCAGAGGAGGAUCAUGGGGCAGAUGUAGAGCAGGGGAAGCCUGGGGCACAGGAAAAGCAGGGGAGCCUUAGGCAGAGAAAGGUGUCUACAUUCUAAAUAACAGUAACUAUAUUUAUAAACAUUUUAUUAAUACAAGGGGUACAAUUUAUGGGAAUGGGCUGCCAAGAGGUACUCAAGUUAAAAAAGGUUUAGGAAAACAUUAGGGUUUUUUUUUUGUUUUUUUUCUUGCCACUUUGCAUAGUUAAAAAUCACUUCAGGUUGAGUUUAACUUAUUUUUGAUCAGCAGAAUAAAGGUUCAAAUGUGAAAGCAUGGAAUUGGUUGCUUUUCUUUAUUUUUUAUUUAUUUUUUUUGCUCUCAGAACCCAUUUUGCUCAGAACUCCUUUGUGGAGUCCAGAUGCUAUUUAUUUGCAUUUGAAAAAUAUCGUAGACUUUAUGGAAAUGUUCACAAGGCAAUAUUAUUUUUUUUUUUUUUAAAGCCUCACAGUCACCGCCUGGGGCUUCUGCAGAAUUUGCAACGACCCCCAAUGUUGACAUUGCUGCUGUGGGGGUGGCUAAGCAAGCUAAGACUUUCUUACCUGAUCCUGUCCCUUGCAGAUGCUGCCAUCUUCUAGACGUAUAAGGCAUAAGAAAUAUACAGAAACGGCGUAGUCCCUACUUUAUCUCUUAAAUGAGUUGUAAUUUCAGUGAAACUCCAACACAGUCAGUGAGUGUUUUAUUUUAUUUUUUCAGUGGAGGGAUGACUGUUUUAAAGGUUAAAAAUAAACUUCUCAAACAACUUUCCCUGAAAAAGGUAAUAAUGCUAAAAAUAUCUGCUCCUCCUUAGACAGCUGAGUUAGAAAGGAUGAGUAAUGCACAUUCUAAGUUACAUAAUAAACGUCGGCUACAAUUUUCUCUUGUUUCUUUAUAUUGUCAGCCUGAGCAUGUUAAGGCACAUGGACCACUGCUUAAGUCCUGUAUUUUGUGCUUAAGCAGAACAUUGUUAAUAGAUAUACAAGCUGUUUGUAGCGGAGAUGCAAUAUUACCCAGGUUAUCUCCGCUUAUAAUCCAAGUGAGACUCAGGAACAAGUAAAUAGUAAAUCCAAAGGCAGGGUUUCCAGCAGGUAAAAUACAGCAAUAUCCCAACAGCAAUCCCAAUAACUGGACGACACACAGUUUCAGGAGCAUAACUGACAAGCCUUUAAUCACAGUCUCCUUAUAAAGCAUGCUCCCAUGCAAGGGAGGAACUUACAGUAAUUAUUACAGUAGCCAAUCCUGUCCUGGUAACCUCCCACACAUCUCCUCCCCUCAGCCAGCAUCAUAAUCCCCUUAUCCAGCACACCAAUUCCCCCCAUUUCUGGAUGUACCCCUAAACGUAGGGGUACCUCUUUAAAUCAUACAUCCCCUGGUAGCCCUGAUCUGGGUGAACAACAUAUCCAAAAAUCACCCAGAUCAGACCAGGGGUUCGGGAAAAGUAUGGAGGGAAUAAAAUGACCGACCGCACGAACUGAGAUAGCCGAAUUCGGUUCCAUGUGAAUGGGCCUUGCGGUCGGUCCUGGCAUAAGGGAAUAAAAUACACGAAAACCUCUAGCUAUAGAGGCUAGGGAGGGUUCGCCUGAAUCCCCUCGUUCGGUAUUCUCUAUCUACCGAACGAGGGGCCGUUCGGUAGUUUGGAACCGAACGGACCAGGGUUGUGGAGGUCUCAGCGGUGUUCGCCUACUCGAGUGUCCGAUUUUAGUUCCAGACACUCGACAGCAAAACACCGCUGUUCGGGAGUUUUAAAAUGGCCGCCGCCACGUGUUCGGUUGUCGAAUGGCGGCCACCCCCGAGAACAAAGGACAUAUCAGGUAUGAAAAUAAAAAGAAACGAUUGGGGUUAAACUCUAAGCACCAAAACACCUUUUGCUUAAUGAAGUAGUUUUGGUGUAUAUCUGCAGUCUCACAGCUCAAUUAUCUGCCAUUUAGGAGUGGCAUCAAUUUAUGUAGCCUUAGGCACAUGUUCAUUUGAGGUUGUAUUUUUUUUUUUUUUCAUGAUUGUGUAACACCCAGCCUAAUCUGUUCUUAGACAAAUGUCCAUGGAGGGGUCGAGGCACUCAGUAAAAUGAAUAAAAUGUUUUAAAAAUCAGUAAUAAUCCCCCACCCCUCCAGGACCCCGGACAUACCUUGUACAUCUGAGGUAAUCCUAAAUUACUUACACGAUCGCCGCCGUGCCCCCGCCAUCGAUCGGUCUUCUCCAUCGGGGGGGACUGUCUGACAGCACAGACAGUCUCCCCUCAGCAAAAUAGAACCCCAAGGGCCAUGUGAUCACUCUCCAUAGGCGUCCAAAGUGUUGGACAGGCAGUCCCCCUGCUGGUAAAAAAAAAAAAGUUAAUAAGUUUUUUAAAAUAAAAAAAUUAAGUUAAUUAAAUAUGUAAAUAUCAGAUAGAUGUAUAUAUUGUAGCGGACCCAGGGUAACCCGACUGGUUACCUCCGCUAAUUCCCUUCCUUCAGCCAGUCGGGAACCACUUAAAAGGUAAAGAGGCCAAUUUCCCCUCCAGUAACUGGACAAGACAUUUCUGGAGGUACAACACAAUUUUAUUGGCCAUACACAGCUUUUAUGCAUACCCCGUGCAAGGGGUGGAUCACACAGACAUCCCAUGAACCUCCCCCUCCCGGGGUCCCAGCGCAAGAAGGGACUCCAUUCCCUUUGUCCCCAAAGCCCACCACUAAAUCCCCAGGGUUCCCUACACCAGCCACCGGGCGUCUUCUUCCCAAGAUCCUCUGUGCCUGGGAGCCUAGGCGCUGGAAAAAGGGACUAUCCCUUUGUCUCCCAGGCACAGAAAAGCCUGCCCGGGCUCAUGAGAGCUCGCCAGUGCCCCAAAAGUGCCCACACCAAUCUCGGGGAUCCUCACCUCCGGUCCCUUGAUCGACUAGGCUCCAUUUGCCAGGUCCUGGCAUGAAACACAGACAAGCGAAGCUUCUCCUUUCGGGGUACGAAUGCUCCCCCUGGAUGGCAUUCGUCUGUACAUAUGGCGGCCACCCAGGGGAGCAAUCAUUAAUUACUUUCCUUGCGGUUUCACACCUAUGUUGCAGGUGCAAGCGUUCUGAUUAAUUGGUGUGAACGUUCUAAUGGGGCACCAGGGAGGCCCUCGUUCGGGAUUUGAAUGAGUCCGGAAACAAUCCACGAAUGCUCCCCUGGUGGCGUUCGGCAGUACGAAUGGCGGCCGCCUAGAACAGCACUCAUUAAUUGCUUCCCUUGCGGUGUGCGGUUUUGACACUUAUGAUGGGAGGUGUGAACAUUCUAUACUAACAUUCUAAAUGAGGUAUUGGGGUGGUCCUCAUUCGGGAGGUGAAUUAAUUCCCUUCGAGGAAGCACUCCCAAACUUGGAGCGGGCACAACAAACGAAUUACAGAGAAGACACACAUAUUACAAGCGGGAAGCAUACGAACCGCACAUCCACCACACAUAUCUUAUAUAUAACGUCAUACUAAGUGUAUUUUUUUUAAUUAAUUUAUACAUAUAUUAAUAUAAAAAUACACAGAGUAAAAUUACACACGUGUACAUAUAUAAUAUAUAAUUAUAUAGUGUAUACAUAUAUUCUAAAAAAUACAAUUAUUAAAAAUAAAUUAAAAAUUUAAAAAUAAUAAAAAAUAUAUAUGUAAUUUUAUACUUACUGUAUUUUGAUAUUAAUAUAUAUAUCAAAAUACACAUAUAUAUAUAUAUAUAUAUAUAUAUAUAUAUAUAUAUAUAUAUAUAUAUAUAUAUAUAUAUAUAUAUAUAUAUAUAUAUAUCCAGGGUGCACUCUCGGGUCUUGAACAAAUAGAGUGAUUUAUUCAAUCAUGUGCAAAAUAAAGACAACCAACGUUUCGACCCCUGCGGGUCUUUUUCAAGGUUACUGUGCUAUCAUAUUCAAUAAAUAUAUAUACAUAAAUGGUAAAUACCCUUACCAAUCAGUUGCGCUGUGAAUCCCUUCUCCGAAACCCGGAAGUGAGUUAAGACCGCCCACUUAGCGUCAUCACGUGUAGACGUUGGGCGGCGUAAACGUGUGAUUACCAUGGAAACCACCCAAGCUAUUAGAUCGGUGUAUAGUACUGAAAGGGUGAACGAGAAAUGUGAGGUGAAUAGAAAACAACAGGACGGAAGAAUCCAGAUCUGCAUAACAAACUCGGCGACCCCCAAGCCUAGCAUCACCUCGUCCUCAAAAGUCACUGUCAUUAAAGUGAACACGCCAGUGAAGCAAACUGCAAAAUUAGUGCCACAGUGAAAAAUAUUAAAAUUUGUGUGACAAAUAGGACUAGUGAAAAUUGGGCAGACUAGAUGGGCCGAAUGGUUCUUAUCUGCCGUCACAUUCUAUGUUUCUAUGUUUCUAUGUGACCUAAUACAAUAGUACAAGUCAUAUUAAAUGUAUGGGAGUAAUAAGCAUUCAAAACUGACAAUGCUAAACAUUUACUAACUGGUGAAUAUGUACAAAUGUUAAAUUAAAUUAUAGAUUUUAUAUUUUUUAUAUAUUUUAAAUUAUAUAUUUUAACUUGAGGGACCGUAAGCCUGGAACUGUGGAGGAAACAGACAAAUUGGCUGAUGGGUAUCAGGAUGUCAGGAGAAUGGAGCCCAGUAGAGGGUGAACCACUUCAGGCCAUCCUAUCCAGCGCAAAGCGCACCACCCCCACCCAGACCAACUCUAGUUAUGCCGGCCUCUACCCCAGCACGCUUCCGACGCACUACGCCCUUGUGCCAUGGGUGCAGUCAACCGGGACAUUAUAAAGCUAACUGCCCACACCGGAACCAAGGGAGCUGGGAACAUCGUCCCCCCACAGCCAGCUCGGGCUACAGUCCACUACUACCACGCUCACAGGCAGCAACUACCUAGUCUCAAGCCAAUGCUCAAGCCCCUAAUUACCAACCUUGGACCACCACUAACACAGAGGGAGGAGAACUCCUCCAACUCACAGGCACCCAAAUACCUGUCCCACAGUGGGGUACAGUGCCACAAGUGCAAUCAGUUUGGGCACUAUCGAUGAGACUGUACCCAGAGCUGGAACCAAGCUGCAUGGAUCUAACCAGAGUCACCUCCUCCAGCACAGACAAUGGUCCCCUACUAUCAUGCAGAGGUUCCCCCAGUUGUACCCAAGUUCGAACCAACCGAGGAGGAAUUGGGUACCCUUCACGAAGCUGACCUGGUGCAAGCCGCUACGGAGAACUGACAGCACCAUCGACAAUCCGUCCAGUUAUACGGAAUGCCAGCGCAAGAUCUCCGAGACACGGGAGCCAUUCUCACCUUGGUCAAGUGACACCUGGUCCCAGAUGCCGCGCGAACCAGAGGUUCUGUAGUUGUACGGGUAGCAGGGGGAGCAGUACACCAGGUACCCACUGCGAGGGUCCACUUGAAUUGGGGUGCUGGAUCAGGUCUGAUUGAUGUGGGGUUGAUAAAGGAACUCCCAACAGAUGUCUUAGGGGAACGACCUAGGCCAGUUGACCUCCGUGUUCCUGCCAUUCCAGAUCACAGGCUCACAUCAGCAUUCAGCAUUUCUGACAAAUAUUAGUGUUUCAAAACAGUAAAACAUAUCACAGCGAUGAUAUUGUCAGUGAAAGUUUUUUUAAGUUUUUCACACACAAACAGCAAUUUCACUGAUGAAAUCAUUGUUGUGAUACGUUUUACCGUUUUGGAACACUAAUAUUUGUGUUCAGCAAUGUCUCCCGAGUAUAACAGUACCCUCAUGUAUAGGUUUUAUAGUGUUUUUGAAAGUUACAGGCAGGGCCGGCGCUACCGUUAGGCGAACUAGGCAUUUGCCUAGGGCGCCGGCCUGAUAGGGGUGCACACCGGGAUAUUUCCUGGUGGGCUCCCCCUAUCUUGAACCACAGCGCUGAGCGAGCGGCUCUAGAGCUGCUUCCCCCCCCUCAGCGCCGGGCUGCUCCGCCAGGCGCCCGAAGAUGGGGGCACCCAGAGGAGCCCUGUCACAAUAAGGCAGAGCAGGCACCUUCUUACCUUGAUUAAAAGUGCCUGCUCUGCCAUCAAAUGCCAGUGACCGGACGAGAUGGGUUGGAGUAGGCAGGUGGCGAGGGAGGCUCUUCUUGCAGCCUCUCACUCCUCCCUUACGCGCCCUCUGUGAUGCCGGAAUAUGACGUAAUUCCGGCCCCCGGCAUACUAAACGGCAGGCAGGAGAAGUGAGGAUCUGCCCCACUCUGGACUCCAGGGAGUUGAGUGUUUGUCAGUGAGUGAGUAUUUGUCUGUGUGUGUCUAUCAGUGAGUGCCUGUGUGUGUGUGUGUCAGUGAGUGAGUAUAUGUCUGUCAGUGAGUGUCUGUGCAUCAGCGAGUGAGUAUAUGUCUGUCAGUGUGUCUGUGUGUGUCUGUCAUUGAGUGAGUGUGUGAGUGUAUGUCUAUCAGUUAGUGUAUAUCUGUCAGUAUGUCUGUCAGUGAGUGUGUGUCUGUCAGUAAGUGUGCAUGUGUGUCUGUCAGUGAAUGUGUGUGUCUGUCAUUAAGUGUGUGUGUGUCUGUCAUUGAGUGAGUUUGUGAGUGUAUGUCUGUCAGUGAGUGUGUGUGUAUGUUAGUGAGUGAGUGCAUGUUUGUCAGUGAGUGUCUGAGUGAGUAUGUCUGUCAGUGAGUGAAUGUCUGUCAGUGAGUUUCUAUGUGUGUGUGUCGGUCAGUGAGUGAGUGUAUGUCGGUCAGUUAGUUUCUGUGUGUCAGAGUAUGUGUGUCUGUCAGUGAGUGUGUGACAUGAAGGGGCGGCAAAAUGGAUCUUUGCCUAGGGCGGCAGAAAUCCUUGCACCGGCCCUGGUUACAGGGUCAAAUAUAAGGCUUGACUUUCUGUUUUUUCACAUUGAAAUUUGACAGAUUGGUUAUGUUGUCUUUGAGAGCGUAUGGUAGCCCAGGAAUGAGAAUUACUCCCAUGAUGGCAUACCAUUUGCAAAAGAAGACAACCAAAGGUGUUGCAAAUGGGGUAUGUUCAGUCUUUUUUAGUAGCCACUUAGUCACAAACACUGGCCAAAGUUAGCAUUCAUAAUUGUUUUUUGGCCAGUGUUUGUGACUAAGUGGCUAAUAAAAAGGACUGGACAUACCCUUUAUUGAAUAUCCUGGGUUGUCUACAUUAAAAAAAUAUGUACAUGUGAGGUGAGAUUCAGAGAUUUCUGACAGAUAACAGUGUUACAAUGUCACUAUUGAUACAUUUUAAAAAUAUAUAUUUUGAAACCGCAAUGUCCUACUUGUACUUAUAGCCCUAUAACUUGCACACAAAAAAAAGCUAAGAACAUUGGGUAUUUCUAAACUCAGGACACAAUUUAGAAACUAUUUAGCACAGUUUUUUUGGUAGUUGUAGAUGCGUAACAGAUUUUGGAGGUCAAAGUUAGAAAACGUGUGGGUUUUGGGGGGGUUUUGUUAGGGAUCGACCGAUUAUCGGUUUUACCGAUAUAAUCGGCCGAUAUUCGGUAUUUUCAGCAAUAUCGGUAUCGGCCAAUUCAGAUACCGAUAUUGCCAAUAAUACCUCCUAGGACCGCCAGGCUCAUUACAAGCCCGGCGGUCCUGGGGGGAGCGGGCAUCAAGCACUUACUCACCUCCCAGCAGCUCCUCCAGCUCCCCAGUGUAACUCUCGCGAGACCUGCGGCCGUCAGAGCGUCGCUGGCCGCGAGAGUUGCACUGGGGAGCUGGAGGAGCUGCUGGGAGGUGAGUAAGUGCUUGAUGCCCGCUCCCCCCAGAGCUCAGCCAAUACCACUGGACCACCAGGGACUGUCAUAUCCCUGGUGGCCUGCUUGUUGCCUGGCCAGGGAGGGGGGACAAAAAAAAAAAAUUAAAUCUAAAAAAAAUAAUAAUAAUAAUUGUAACGGACCGUUUCUCUCACAAGAGGAUAAAAACCGUUUAGGCGAUAAUCCCCUUUCCCAUAGACCAGCAGCUACUGCAAUCACCAAUCUCUCUAACUCCAAACUGUACGAAUCCCCAACUCCCGAACAGGAAACACACGAACCCUGGAAGCAGACGAACAGGAAAAGCCCUAAGAACAGCUUACACUCCUGGCAAUCGGCAUACAGUCAAAUUCCCCCCAAGAAUGAGACGACACUUCACUUGGAGGGUUAAACAGGAACAACCCUGAUUUAUUCACACAACAGGCUUAUAAAGGAUUCUCCCAUGCAAGGGAGGGAUUCACAACAAUUACACAAUACACCAAUCACACAUGAGUUACCUCCCACAAUGCCUCACAAUCCCUCCCCUCUGGCCUGGAGAUAAUUGGGGAAGGAAUCUAAUUAUCUCUCAGGACAGAGGCAAAACUCCAUUACCCACAUGGCAGACAAAAAGACAGUAAAAGACAUAAAAUUACAUACUGAUACAUUUAGUACAUAAAACACACAUUUCUACACAUCCCCAGAUAGCUUUGAUCUGAGCGCACAUUAUUAGAUGAAUGGCACUCAGAUCACACGAAUAAGCCUUUCUGCAGGGAAAAUAAAUGGUUUAACCUGCCGGGCCAUAGUCCAAAGGGAGCAGGCGAGCAACCAGGCUUCUCCAGUUCACAGUGGCGAGGUUGGUUUCGCCACAAUAAUAAUUUAAUAAAAAAUGCCCCCUGACACACACUCCAUUAUAUACACAUACACUACACAAACACACUGUGUAUAUAAUGUGUGUAUAGUGUGUAUAUACAAUGCACACAAAUACACACACUGCAUUAUAUACACACACUAUACAAAAACACACUGCAUUAUAUACACAUUAUAUAUAAUGCAGUGUGUUUGUGCAGUGUGUGUAUAUAAUGCUGUGUGUGUGUAUAUAAUGCAGUGUGUUUGUAUAGUGUGUGUGUGUAUAUACAAUGCACACAAAUAUACACACUGCAUUAUAUACACACACUAUACAAACACACUGCAUUAUAUACACACACACUACACACAAACACUGCAUUAUAUACACACACUAUACAACCACAUACACACUCUGCAUUCAUUAUAUACACACACACACACUUUGCAUUUAGUAUAUACAGCAUUCACUUUAUGCACACUACACUAAUACACACUGCAUCCACUACACACACUCGACAAAUACACACUGCAUCCACUACACAAACACACAUUGCAUCCUCAACACACACUACACAAACACACAAUGCAUCCACUACACACACACGCACUACAGAAACACACACUGCAUCCACUACACAAACACACACAGCUCCCCUGUCUAAACACACUGCAUCCACUACAUGUGGCAUGUAUAUUUUGUGCAUUUACCUUUAGAAAUAGUUUUUAUUUUCCAAAAUGGUAAAUGUACAGAAUAUCGGCUAUCGGCCUGAAAGUUCACAGAAUAUCGGUAUCGGCUCUAAAAAAAUCAAUAUCGGUCGAUCCCUAGUUUUUGUCAUCAUAUUUUAUAAAAAAAUUUAUAGUAAAUUAUAUGAUAUGAUGAAAAUAAUGGUAUCUUAAAAAAGACCAUCUAAUGUCGAGAAAAAUGAUAUAUAAAUGUGUGAGUACAGUAAAUGAGUAAGAGGAAAAUUGCAGCUACACACAAACACCGCAGAAAUGUAAAAACAGCCCUGGUUCUUGACGGUAAGAACAUUGAAAAACGGCCUGGUCACUAAGGGGUUAAUCUGGAGCAAACCAGGUACUGGCAUCGAAGUAGUAAUUUAAACCAGAGGGAUCCAACAGUUUCUCUUCAGUUUUUAUUAAAUGUUUUAAAUCAGGCACACAUACUGUGGCCAUCCAGCACUGGCUGAAUAAGGUCACCUAGGUAAUUAUUUCAUCACAGCUGUUCUGGUUCUUAAAUAUUAAUAUAGCGUUGGGGUCUGGUAAAUGUCAAACGUUUAAAUAUUUUGCAUAUUUUCAAAUGUAGAGUGAUGGUUUUAAUAAGAUUUGUAUUCCGUACUUUUUAUAGAGUACUUAACCUGGAAGAGGGUCUUGAUGCCACGUCUACGUCUUGUUUAUUUCCCCUGUAUAAACAGCUUAGAGAUCUCUGGAAUUAAAUUGUUUAAGCAAUAUUUAGACUGUGGGUCUGGGUCAUGUAUGUACUCUGGUGAGCAAACAAUUUCCCUUAAAGCACAAUUAAUUUCAUUGCAUGUGGAUUUUGUGGGGGGGUUGUUUUAUUUUUUUUAUAAUUCUUUAUUUUGAUUGUGCAGAGAGGAACAAUAAAGCUUACAAUGCCACAACCACAGAGACAGGUGCACUCAUUUCAAAGUCUAACAUAGGCAUGACCUUGAGGAUCAUAACACAUAUUUUUGUUAAGUAAUAAUCAAUAAAACAGGAUAUGUUUCAGCAUGAGUUUGAAAAGUUGAAGAACAAGUAAUAAAAGAGUAAUGCAAUAAAACAUGCAAAUUUGUAAAGGAUUAGAGUGGGGUUUAGAGCGAGCUAUAUCAACGUAAAAACUAAGCCCGGUAUACUAUAAGACAGGAGUCCACCGUCAGUAUGUGAACAAGAUUGGGGCCUAUGCCAGCAAGAUUUUCAUAGCGAGCCAGGAAUUUGCUGGGGCCCCCAUACUCCUUCACCCGAUUCCCCGCUUUAGGUGACAGGUACGAGUGUUGCGGUGGACUCAGGUAUUCGCCGGAUAGUCUCUAUGCUUCCCCUUUGUGGAUAUUCAAGCGACCUUGGUGAGUAUAUUUAGGCAGCCGCAGGACAAGCCUUUGCCCCAUCAUACCUUUGGGCAUGGUGCGCUUCUUGGUCCGCUUUAUUGUAGGAGCUUUUGCCUUUUUUGAAGCCACGGACACCUUCAAAGGACAUCAAGGUGGGUAGGAACUUGGCUGUGGUGGUGCAGGUUGGUGCAACAUGUGCUCGAGCUGCAGCCAAAAGUUGUGGAAAAGCCUGUACAGCUGGGUGAUUAUAGCACCAGCAUCAGCAUUGGGGGUUGGGCGCCAUGUGGCCUCCGCUAUUGCAGGAGAGUGUUGCUGCGCGGCUCAGCGGGUCUUGGGUAUGCGUCUUGCCACGGUGCCGGUAAGUCAGCGGUGGGGACUGGGAUAACCCCUACCGGUCUGGAGGGGUGGGGGGAAUGGAACUUGCCACCCAACAAGCUGGUGCAGUUCCGCAGAUGAGGUUGGCAGCCACCAGAGGAGUAAAGUCCGCCGGGUGUCAAGAAUAAAGGCUAAAAAGCAGGAUUUGUGAGGAGCUCCUGUUCCAUGCGUUCCAGAUGAGAAGCAGAAGUCAGGGUUGGCAGUGGAGUAAUGAAGUCGGUAAAGCAGGCAGAGGUCAGAGUCCAGGAAAUCAGUCAGUAACGUAGCAAAGAACCGGCAGGAAACACCAAACAGGCAAAAUGACCAGAAACUAGGUUUCAGGCAGGGCUGGCUUUUACAGCCUGCUAAUUAGGUGCAGCUGACCCUAAUUGGUAAACAGCUGCAGGUGGUUCAGUGCUGCUUAAUCCAGGCAAGGAGGUGAAAAAGCAGAAUAAUGCAGACAGAAACUGAAGCCCCCUGGUGGAUGUCAUGGCAGAGAACCUGACUUGGAUGCUGGAUCAAACCCAGCCAGGUCUCUUAAAGGGGUAGUCACGCCUUGCUGUCUGCAGGGCUCGGGCUGAGCCAUGACAAAAUCAGUUAUGUAAUCUGUCAAAACCAGAGUCAAAAUACGAUGAAUGCAAAGAAUGAGUUAUAAAGAAGAAAAGACUUACAGAAAACAUAUGAUAUUCACCAGAAAACCUGAUGCAUGUUUUUUGAUUUGCUGUGGAUAGAAUUGUGAGAGAGUAAAGGUUACACCUUGUAUCAAUGUGAUUUCCUCUCGACCAUUUACUUGAACCUUCCCUAUGGUUUCCUGCAAAAAUCUCCUUGGACUUGCUUUUUUAUCUUUUGACAAAGAUCAAGUGUAGUGACCCACAAGAGAAAUGUGUAUGCUCUGGCCAGAAGGCUGAAGAAUUCUAUGAAGCCCCCAAUGAUUAAAUAACAUGCUGUGUAUGUUUUCACAUACACAGUGUAGAAAACUAGCACCAAUUAUUACAUUUUAUAACAUAUAAUAUAAUUUAAGUAUUUUUGGAAAUAAGCACUCUACUCAGCACACACCCUAUACCAAUGGAUGCCCCUUUACAGGGACACUUACUUGCGGCAGCACCACAAUUUAUAUUAAUAAAAAUAAAAAAAAUGACAGAUUAGGACCAAUUAUUUAUCUGGGUGGGAGAAGUAAGCUUACAUUUUUAAUUUUUUUUUUAAUUGGGGAAAUAACAUGCACCUGCUAUUGCCAAUGUCUGUCAAAAUUAAAAGAAGGAAAAAUAAAACAGUGUCUCUUUAAUUCUGUAAUAAAUUGGAGUACUGUAGAGCCCAUCCCCUUGAUGGAGAAACUUUUGUGAGAGCAAAUAGACAUGUUAAAAAUGUCUUAGCAGUUUUGCACAUGUCUGUUUUCCUUAUGGAAGGAAUUUCAAGGGACCUCCCAUUGACUUGCUAUUUGGGCACCAAAGUCAGCUGGAGUCAUGCAAUUGGCCUUUAUAUUGGGGUCAUCAUUGGCUCAGAAGUGGGGUUGCAGUGCCCACAAAAAAGAGAAGCAACCAUCUGGAAGAAGCAGAAUUAGAGCAGAAGCACCUGCCCAGUGUUCAAUGUAAGUAUAUAACAAUAUAUUUUUAUCUCCCACGAUAGCCUCAGUGUCUGCCGGAGUACUCUUUUAAGAAGAAAAAUUUUUACUUAACCCCUUAAGGACACAUGACAUGUGUGACAUGUCAUGAUUCCCUUUUAUUCCAGAAGUUUGGUCCUUAAGGGGUUAAUCUAGUAUCACAAUACAAUGUGUGCGUUUUCAUAGAGAGAUAGAUCUAGAUAGAAAGAAAAAUGUAGCUAGAGAGAGAGAUGGAUAUAUAUCUUGAAUCCCGGUCAGACCACGUUACCAGUAAGUGUCCCUGGACAAAACAUCUAACGAUAUAUACCCACCUCAAAAAUAUGAGGGUAACAUAGACAAAGAGCGUAAUGCUGGCUCGGAUGUCUCAUGGAUUAGCAAGGUCCAUGUCAGAUACUAGCGAACCAGGGCAAUCUGACUAAUGGGCUAUUGGAACAAAACUGGACAUGAAAUGAAAACCAAGUUCUGCUUGACUGCUACUACAACAGCAGAUCCAAUUAAACAUGCUACAUAAAAUGUAUGAGGGAACUACACUAACCCCAAACAGCUAGUUACACAACUUUGAACAUUGUCAUGAGGAGGCUAGUGUCACAACUGGAAUUAGAUGGACUUGCACAAACCUCAUACCACUGACAUAAGCCUUACAGUGGGUUGCCAUUCUGACUAUCCCCCAAGAUGGGAGAUGAUCAUAGAAAAGCUAGCAGUCCUUGACUAAAGGGCAAAGAUCACUGGAAAAUUGUCACCACAGUAUGCUAGCAGCAGUUAAUGAGGCACUGUCCACACUCUCAGUCAACACCAUCACAGAGACCAACAAUCUCAUGUACACCACUACAUAUAUGGUCCUCCUCCAAAUGCUUAACUACAAGCUGAAGGCUUAAAUAGAAAUAAUUCCCACAAGGGAGACUAAAACUGGAAGCAAAGAUAAAGGCAACACGUAUGGAGGUUUCUAAGCUGGAUCAACUUUAGAUGGAAAGAUCUACUAAGAAAAUAAAAGAGUAUGUAGGAACCAGUCGCCAUCACAGUAGGAGAUAUCCAACAACAAGUAGCCCACAUGAAAUGUUGGUCAGCCCCACGAGCUGUCAUGAUCUAGAUCUACUAGCUAAAGACACUAACAAUGCUGCAUGAACAUAUAAACCAGCUACUACCUAACACCAGAAAAUACGAAUCACAAUACCCUCACAAGUGAACAUCUUCUAACUACCGACCAAUCACCUGACUCUCCACAACAUGGAAGCUCCUGUCGGGCAUCAUAGCCUCCAAGAUCGAUGACAUAUGCGCUAAUACUCCGUAAUACUCAGAAGGGGAUUGGAAACAACACCAGAAGAUCAAAACACCAAUUUACACCAAGCACUCACAUGGGAUUGUAAGACCAGAUAGACCAAUCUGUGUACAACCUGGAUUGGCUUCAAGAAAGCCUAUGACACAAUGCUUGGCUCUAUACAAGAUCAGCAAAAUGCUAAGAGCCUUCAUCAAUAAGACCAAGACACGAGACACUCAUCCUAGCUGAAAGGUUGUAAAAUUCCACACUGCAGGACUGGGGCUGUAACUCUGGGUGCUGAGCAGAUUCUAAUAGUUUCAAUAGUUUCAUUCUGUAACGAUUGUUGCUUCUUUUAACUAUGGAGUCCUGCAUCCCACCAUCUUUAAACUUCACCAGCCACCACUACCACAUACGCUUUUUGGUUGACAUAGCAAAUAAUUAUUACACUACUUUUGAGAAGCUGCACCUCAACUUUUUAUUCCUGUCACAGAAUAAUGUCACAUUAUCACUAGUUCAAAAGAAUCCUCGUAGACAAGUGUUUGGUAUGAAUCGUGGCUCUUUUUGCCAGCAUAUCAUGCUGAUGUUCUGGUGUCCUUUUCUUUUCUGAGAAACGCCGCUAAGAAUAGAAUUGGUGCAGUGCCAGAUGUCCUCCUCUGCAUAGGCCCAACCUUCUGUCAACCUGGCAUGCCAGGGUGCUGUACUGUCACCCUCCGUUUCUGCAAAUUUUAACAUCUGACCUACUUGUCUCUUUGCAGAAAAGAUGGAAAUGCUGGACAAUAGAAAACUCAUAUCCUCAUCGGAGACUACCAGUGCCUGUCCCUUCUAUACCCCAGGAGUGAAAAUUAUGUUUGAACACUGCUUCUUAUUUCGAUAG